AAAUACUCCUGUUCUGCACCACCCCCAGUUCACGCUGGAACCCGAAUCCAGAGCGGCUAUGUCAUAUAUGCAAUCACUCGCCAUAUUCCUAGAUUAACUAAUUAUGCCACAUACGCCGCCACGUACGCGCGCCUCCGCCGACAUGCUCGACAAACAAUGGCUCGAGACCUCAGCAGCCGCAGAUUUCCUCGAUCCCAACACGCUACCUAUUCCAAAAGUACGCAAAGCAUGGGAAAGAACACCACAAAGCCCGUUCAAGAAGGGGCAAGGGCGAAAAAAAGUAUGGAGGCGGCACCAGAUUGCUGAACCAAAGGCUGGAGACAGACUCGAGCUUGGAACGGUCCGCGUGGUGAAAAAGCAAUGCCUUGAGGGGGGAGGAAUUGCUGAAGCUAAAGAAGAUGUUGAUCAGUUCGAUAACAAGCGCAAGAGGGGCGCUGCGGUCGCAACCCGAACAGAGAGGAAAGGCGCGUCGCCGAGAAAACGACGUAUAGCUCGGCGAAGAACUAGCACAGUCAUACCGAGACUAGAUCUUCAAGAACAUGAUAUACCUCCUCCAGAGCAAAGCACGCGACCUACGAGUCCCGUCGCGAAAACCCUCGAAGCCUACAGAGACGGAGAUGAAGUCGAAGAUAGCGAACCUCCAGAGCAGAGCACGCGACCUACGAGUCCCGUCGCGAAAACCCUCGAAGCCUACGGCGACGGAGAUGAAGUCGAAGAUGGCGAACCGUGUUCAGACCCAGUAACUACGUCUCCAAUACAGUCACAAACAAUUCUUAACGAGGAACGUUCUGUCAGCCCACAAGGAUACACUAUUCAAGAUCCGUCUGCUGAAGCAUCGUUCGUCUCGUUGGAUGAUGUGGAACCUGAAGUCGAAGCGUCAGAACAUGAUGCUAACGAAGAAUACGACGAGACCAAUGAGCAAGCCCCCGACCGACUCUCGGAGCAACAUACGUAUUCAGAGCAGGAAAUGUUCAUUGACGAACCCGUAGAGGGCCUCAGCACAAUCUAUGAAGACGAGACAGAAGACGACAACUCCUUAGCACAAGUUAACAUCAUAGAAUGCUCCGAUGACCAAGCACAUUCUAUCCUUGGCUCUGACAGGUCUCGCACCACUGAUCUGACAGUAAAAGAUGAAACUAUCGAAACCACUCUUCCGAUCGAUGGCCCGCAAGAUGUUGAAUAUGUCGAACGCAUCAUCGAACCACCUCAGAAGGAUGAACAACAAAACGAAGAAUCUCGUCUAGGUCUAUCACUCCUCGAAAGAGACGCUUCAACCGUCAUGGAUGAGAGUCCAAAGCCAGAGCCAGUUGCUACGUCCGUCUUAGAACAUAGUAUAUCCCAAGUGGAUGACACCCUAGCAAAUGAGGUAGAAGUGGAACUUGUUCAAGAAGUUGCAACAGAAAACGCAAUUGAACUUAGUGAAGAAAUAGAAGAAAGCGAGUCUACCAUCAUAGACCGAACCGCCACAGAUGAUGCGCCUGCCGAUUCGACGGCCACUCUCCAAAUUACGUUUGGCGGAGAGGCCUGUGCGACUUCAGAAGAUGCUAAAGCGGUGUUUGAGAACAAAGACCAGCUCGCAGAAGAGAUGUUUGCCCAGACAGAGGCUGCUAUCAGCACUCCGAAACAGAACGGCGCCGUGGUGUGCAAGCCAUAUAUCAUUGAAGGAGAGGCUGCCAGCGUAUCGACUUUGGACGAAACUGACGAGCUCACAUUAGACAGCCAAUGUGCAGACAGUGAAUGUGUAGAUGCUACAAACGACACGGUGACAGCAGAUGAAGAAAUCGCCAGCAGUACUGAUGCUGCAUCUAUUGCGGAUGGACUGACAUUGGACUUGGAUUUGAACUUAGCUUUUCAGAGCACCCCCAGGAGAUCUCCGAGAAAAGCAGAAGAAACUGUGAUUUCGCGACUGGAACAACUUCCCGACGACAUCACCACCGAUUUAGAUGCUGAUACCGCAAUUCUGAAGGAUUUUCUCAGUCGAGCAGCAGCAAGCAAAGCCAACCGGUCUAAUAUCAUACACAAACGCGAAUCCCUCUCCAAUCGUCGCGACUCAGAUGCGAUCAAGCAAGCUCUUGCAUCCCCUCGAAAAGCUCUAGAAGAUAAAGACCCUAAUUCUCCCUCGCCUCGCAAAAAGCUGGUCAAAGACAUGCCAUCUUCGCGCUCGGCCAAGGAUCUUCUGGCUCAAGAUGUAGACGAUAUGGAGGACGACACCAUGAGACUCGAUGACACAAUGAAGCUCGACGACGCAACUAUCCCGUCGACACGCCGCAGCGUCCGGACCCGCAGCUCUCGCAUACCACCGCCUUCAACUCUUCCUACACCUAAUCGUAUCUCAAUAAGGACAUCUUCCCAGGAACCUGUGGUCGCUUCAAAAAAAACGGAAGCUCAGGAGCUGGCUCUACUGACUAGGAAUAAUACACGGCGCAACAAAGGAUCGGCAUUGAAUGCAUUUUCACGGCUCAAGAAACUUGAGACUGAGACCGCACUGGAUUCGCCAUACCACAGCUCUGAUGAUGAAACGACCCGGAAUCUGCCUGGUCGACAUAUACGCUGGGACGAGCAGCUCGCGUACUUUCAGGACUCGGAAGGGAAAUCGGUGCAACUCACGGCAGCGCUUCCUGUUCCUACGCUUGUAGCUGCCGAGAAGGCUGCAGAGGCUGUAGAGCAGGGGUCGGGCACGGCGGGCGACUCGAGGAAGCGUAAAUCGAGGGAUUCGGAAGCAUCAUCUACUCCUAAGGUCCGAAGGAUACGUGGUCUGGGUGCAUCGAAUGGUACGCCGGGCAAAGGUCUGCUUACGACAGUAUCAUCCUUCUUGCCAGAUGCCGUUCAAGAACAGCAGGCGCAGUCGCAAGCUAGGGUGAGCAAGGAGGAACAGCGAUUGACAAAGCCCACAAAAUCCAAGCGCACGACGAAGUCCAGCGCAGAAGCUACAACUACGAGUCCAAAGACCCCAGCCUCUACACCUGUGACUCAGGUCAUAGCUACGAUGGCUGACGCAACGAAGUCUGCUGUACUUGCAAAACCAAAGCAAACCAAAAGCAGGUUGGCAGCGCCGAAGAAGGUUAUCCUGCCCGGGUCAGCAGCAGAUAAGGCAGCCAGUGAGGAGAAGCCAACAAGUGCCACUCCAGCGAGGCGCAGGGCGCGGAGAGUAUGAGAAUCUGAUAGGUGGUGUGAAGCAGUGUUUUUUGCGAAAUUUAGCGCGUUGGCAGGACAUUCACUUGAGAUUAGCAUGGAAACAUAUUGCAUGGCAUCUGAAUAACUCGCAUGAGUUUGGAGUUGGCAUUCGACAUACUGCAGUCGGUCAAGGCGGAUUUGAGCCUUUUACGCGGUCGUUGACUUUCUGUAAAUACUUGGGUGCCUUUGGGGUUCGUUGGCUUUCUUCUGGAUCAUGAUACAGGCGUAUGUUAGCUCGUAGAUACGAGAUAUUCAUGAUGGCAACCAUGCCACCCGCGGCGUAAACACUUUUUCUCCUGGACAUGGACUUCCACCUGGCAGUGUGUUUGUAGCUGAGUAAGCGAUGCUGGUUCCGAGUGAGUGGUGCGACACUAAUUAAUGGAUGGAUUUGCGAUUCCACAAUGGCAU